GUUCCACAGUUAACACAGUCAUUUUCCGCAGAAAGUUGUUCCAUGUCAGAAUAUUAUGAUGCAGUGGAGGAGAACAAUGCAGAAUCUCUUAGUGAUUCUUCAUCAGAGAGAUCUGAUGAAGAGAUAUCAAGUGACAUAAGUGAUGACAAUGAUACAGAAGUCAGUAUGGCACAUAGUGCAUCAGAAGACAAUAUUCUGACAAAGUUUCAGACUGGUCGUAGAUCUAAACUUCCAGUUCCGAAACCAGACAAGGGGGAUGUGUCAUUGUGGAAUUUGUUGUUCAGGAAUAUUGGCAAAGAUCUGACCAAAAUAUCAAUGCCUGUCACAUUGAAUGAACCUUUAAGUAUGCUACAGCGCCUGUGUGAGGAAUUAGAAUACAGUGACUUGAUAGAUAAAGCCACAGAGUACAACGAUCCCUAUGAAAGAAUGAUUUAUAUAGCAGCAUUUGCUGUGAGCAGCUAUGCAAGCUCCUGUUAUAGAGUGGGCCACAAACCAUUUAACCCUCUACUUGGUGAAACAUACGAAAAUGUACGAGAAGACAGGGGAUGGAGGUUUGUUGCCGAGCAGGUGAGCCAUCAUCCGCCCAUAUCAGCAUGCUACUGUGAUUCCAAACAUUUCAAAUUAUGGCAAGAUGUACAAAUAAAGACAAAGUUUUGGGGGAAGUCUAUGGAAAUACAGCCUCUUGGAGUUGUUAAUGUUCUCUUGCCAAAGUUCAAAGACCAUUAUCGCUGGAAUAAAGUGACCACUUGUGUCCAUAAUAUACUCGGAGGUCAGAGAUGGGUCGACCAGUUUGGUGAAAUGACCAUCACAAAUGGGAAUAUAGUCUGCAAACUGACAUUCACUAAGGCAAGUCACUACUAUCAGUCGGACAAGAGGCACGAGGUUUAUGGAACCAUUCUCAACCCAGAAGGAAAAGUGGUCCAUAAUUUGUUUGGUAAAUGGAAUGAGGCCCUGUAUUGUGGCCACGCCCCCUCAGCCAGGUGUAUAUGGAGGCCAGGUACUAUGCCAGAGGAUUAUGAAGUGUACUAUGGUUUUUCACGGUUCGCAAUGGAGCUGAACGAAGUUUUACCGGAUGAAGCUUCCAUGCUCGCUCCGACAGAUUCGAGAUUUAGACCAGACCAGAGAUUGUUGGAAGAAGGAAAGAUAAAUGAGGCGGAGCUUGAAAAGUCGAGGGUGGAGACUCUACAGAGAGACCGUCGAAAGAAAAGGGAGGCGGCUAAGGAAGAAUGCAAACCUGUAUGGUUCAAGAAAGAGAAGAUUAAAGGAAAAGACUAUUACUCGUAUGACAACAGGUACUGGGAAUGUCGUAAAGAACCAGGCUUUAUAAAGAUGACUUUACCCAAGAUCUGGUGAUUGUGUUCAAGUAGUGCCUAGAUAGUGUAUCAAUUUGAACUAUAGUAUAAGUAGACAGUGCUAUUAGAGAAAAAAUUAAUACUAGUACAUUAUCCUUUGACCUGCUGGA